AUGGCGAGGCGAGAGGGCGAGAACGAGCGGAAUUCCAGUGUCGCAGGUGACUGCGGUGGCUGCUGCUAUCAGAGUGUUUCUGAGGGCCUCGACCAUUCAUCUCUUCCUCCUCUCCUCCGCCUCGCACUCGCCAGCAGCAAGAUCUGCCAGCUAAAAUCGCAGCGCGAACACCCGCAGAUCCCCCUCCACUCACGGACGGUUCUCCCUGCUGCGCUAUUCCGGUCCAGCCUCUGCACCCGAAGGAGAUCUCGAAGUACUGCCCACGAUCACCCACUAUAUCCUCCGUACCGCGCUGCCAAUAGCUUCGAUCCAGACGUCCAGACCCCGCCCUCUUCUACCAUUGAUCCUCACCACUUCACCCAGUUCCAUCCUAAUGAUCCCCAUCCCACUUUCAACCCUAUGGCUCCUUCACAUUCCGACCCCUCUCUCCCUUCGACCUCGGCCGCGCACGUUCACUCCGCGAUGACUGCUAUGUUCCAGACCGAGCUUGAGCACACACACGCCGUAGUCCCCAUGCAGAUGUCUCUUCCCCCCAUGCAACAUCAUGGCACUAAUAUGUCAAGCAUGGAUGUGGUUCCUGCCACCUCGGUCGACAGCGCGGCAACACAAGGCUUGCUGUCCGACUACGCUGCUCAGAACGGUUCGUUCGGCGUAGAUUUUACUGUAAAUGGCCUUGAGGGCCUUGACGGUUCUCAUCAGCUCGUUUCGUCACCCAGUGCGACGACAGCUUCCACGAACGCGUCACACGCGUCGUCGCCAGCCGUGAACGGCAUGGCCUCCUCGUAUUCCGUUGGCUCCUCAUCUCUCGCAUCGGCGCUCGACGGUAUGGGAGCAGCUCGCAGCCGGUCCGACUCGUCUGCGUCUCCCCCGACUCUGCUCAGUUCAAGCUCGGACCUCGGGUUCUCAUCAAGUAGCAGUGGCCCUCCGACGUCAGCGCAUGAAAACAGCUUCCCAUACGGCAUCUCGCCAGAUAGCCAACAGCAGACAAAGGAGCUGUCGCCGGAGCAGUCAGGGUCUGCACAUCUUCUGGUUUUGGGUAGCAUGCUGCAGAAUAUUGCGCGUCAAGCCAACUCUGGCAGUCAAGCCUGUAAUAUGGGCUCGACCACGGAUGCGCAACAGAUCGUUGAUGUGCUGAAGAAAAACGUCCUGCUAGUAGCGGACCUCGUUGCCGCCUUGCAGAUAGCAGACGGCCUUGGACCCUCAUCUUCUUCGCAGUCUUCCCCGCUCUCGCACUCAGGCAUCGGUCCUGACACUAAUGCUAUGACGAAUGUAUCAACAGCAUCAGCAAUGGACGUAGGGCCACAGCAUAUAAGCAGUCUCUCGUCAUACUCGUCAUCCUCAGCCUCCCUGGAUCCGAAUGCGAUGCUCGAUUCGUCUGACAUGUCUCGAAAGCGCUGUGCGUCAUCUGUCGCCGGUGACAGAGCACUCAAGACGCUAAAACUUGAACCCCAAGACGACCCGCCACCAACGAUGAUGCAGACAUCGAGCGGACUGUCCCUCUCUAGCUCGCUUCCAUCGUCAAGCGGAUUCCCCUUCACGCUGCAAAUGCCCACCAUGCAGCCCUCUGUUCAGUCCAUGGGCGAUAUCUCAUCGAUACCUCCGCUGAUGGCUUCUGGAUCCAACUCACGGCCACCCAGCUCGGCUGGCAUGCCGCCUCCGCAUCAGUUGGGUCUUGUGUCAGAGGCUCAACAGGCCUCGCUUUCGCUACAGUCAUCUAUGCAUUAUCCAGCGAUGGACCAUACCCAGCAGCCGGUUCAUCCUGCGCCAGAUUUUGCAUCUUCUGCGCCGACGGCUGUGCCACCGACGAGCCUCCCGUCGACUAGUUUUAAUCCUACGUUGCCGUGGGCCGAUGUUCCGGUUACUCGUCAUCACCACCAGCACUCGCUGUCGACUGGCUCGGUCCUGACAGGAAUACCUGAAUCCGGUGGCCCAUCUUCGAUCCACUAUACUGCUCAUCCUACUUUCAAUUCACCCACGCGUGCUACGCAUCUCCAGCAGGGUUCUGUACCCGGAGCUGUCGCAUCUACGUCCGUUCAUCCUUCGUCGUUGCAUUCCGUCCGAUCAUCUCGAUCGUCGUCUUUCGCGCAUCCCUCGGGUGAAAUACAUCCUUUGGCUAAUGCAUAUGACCUCAUGCGCCCGUCCACGUCAGGACUGCCGAGUCGUGUUUCGUCUCCGGAUUACGAUGAGAUGGACAUUGGACGCGAAUCAGACGACGAGAGCGGCGAGCCAUCGCCCGGGCAUUAUCGCCUGUCGCCUGCGGGAAACGCAGGCGACUCAUCUGAGACCAGGGCCAAUGGUGCCUCAAAUCAGUCCGGGCAGCGGAGGAUGAGUCGCGGAUCACCUUCUGCCGAGGGCGGAUCGGCGUCGGGUCACGGAAAUGAAGUGCCCCAGGAGUACAGAGCCGAGGUGGAGCGCAUAUUUUUCGAGUUUCUGAACAAUACCUGCUCCAACUUGGACGCUACGGACACGAAGGGGGAGCCCAUCCACCAGACGCUGAUGGCUAAGAAGAUGCAGCGCCUUGAUGAGUCACCAGACUACCGGCCGUUUAAGUUCCGUAUCCAAGCCUUCACUAACGCCUUCCUUGAGGAGACCCUGACGUUGUCUAAACUGCUGACCAUUGACGUUUGA